CCUGUUUCUGCUCAAAGGCAUCGAAGAGAGGCCAAGUCAAGAGAUCAGGAACCAGGGAGACCCAUUUGCAGGUUGUUGGAAUUUUCUUGAAGCUUGAGGUACGAUGGACGUUUAUAGGCUGCUACUUUGCUUUGUUCUCGUCCUCACGGUAUACUUGGUUAAAGAAAUUCAUGCAACUCAUCACGUCUAUGAAGAACUCAAGAACGUAGCACCCAACUCUACUCAAGUCUAUCAGUACAGAACAGGCUACCAUUUCCAACCACCAAGUCACUGGAUUAAUGAUCCUAAUGGCCCUCUGUAUUAUAAGGGAGUCUACCACCUGUUCUAUCAAUACAACCCAUAUGGUGCUGUAUGGGGAAACAUCGUUUGGGCUCACUCCGUAUCAACAGACUUAAUCAACUGGUUGGCUCUUGAGCCAGCGAUUUACCCAACUGGGCCAUUUGAUAUAAAUGGUUGCUGGUCUGGCUCUGCUACCAUCCUCCCAGGGGGCACCCCUGUCAUCAUAUACACAGGAAUUAACACAGCAAACCAACAGGUUCAGAACAUUGCUGUUCCCAAGAACCCGUCUGAUCCUUUCCUCAGGGAGUGGGUGAAGCCUUCUUACAACCCUCUAAUGGCUCCAACCAUCUACAAUCAGAUUAAUUCUAGCUCUUUUAGGGAUCCUACAACAGCAUGGCAGGGCCCAGAUGGAAGAUGGAGAGUCCUGGUUGGUAGCAAAAGAGGUCACAGAGGAAUGGCGCUGCUCUAUAGGAGCAAGGACUUCAGUUACUGGGUUAAGGCUAAACACCCCCUUCAUUCUGCAGAAGGCACUGGCAUGUGGGAGUGCCCUGAUUUCUACCCUGUUUCUGUUAGAGAUACAGUGGGAUUGGACACCUCUGUUAAUGGUGAAAAUGUGAAACAUGUAUUGAAAGCAAGCCUGGAUGAUGAAAAGUACGAGUACUACACUGUAGGCACAUACUUGCACGAGAAAGACAGUUAUGUUCCAGAUAAUACAUCUGCUGAUGAUGCAACCGGCCUUCGUUAUGAUUAUGGGAAGUUCUACGCCUCAAAAACAUUCUUUGAUGGCGCAAAGAAUAGGAGAAUUCUUUUGGGGUGGAUGAAUGAAUCAGAUAGCGUCUCCACUGAUGUGCAGAAAGGCUGGGCUGGUGUCCAUUCAAUUCCACGACGUAUUUGGCUUGAUCCAAGCGGCAGACAGCUUGUUCAAUGGCCAGUUGAAGAAAUUGAAGCUCUACGUGGCAAUCAAUAUGAUAUUCAAAAUAAAAGGAUUGAGAGUGGAUCAGUUGUUGAAGUUCCAGAGAUAAAUGCUUCACAGGCAGAUGUAGAGGUUACCUUUGAUCUGUACAGCUUAGAGGAGGCUGAGGUGUUGGAGACCAAUCUUGUGGAUCCACAACUGAUAUGCAGUAUGAAGGGUGCCUCUGUUAAAGGUGGAGUUGGACCAUUCGGCGUGUUGGUUUUGGCUUCAAAGGAUAUGCAGGAGCAGACUGCUGUCUUCUUUAGGGUGUUUAAGGGUCAAGGCAACAAGAACGUUGUAGUCAUGUGCAGCGAUCAAAGCAAGUCAACACUAGCAACUGAUGUGGACAAGACUACAUAUGGUGGCUUCGUAGAUGUAGAUCUAAAGGACGGGAAGCUGUCCCUACGUUCUUUGAUUGAUCACUCUAUAGUGGAGAGCUUUGGUGCUGGAGGGAAGACUUGCAUCACUGCUAGAGUUUACCCCAAGACGGCUGUGGGAGACGAUGCUCGGCUCUUUGUGUUCAACAAUGGCUCUUCUGCAGUUGGCAUCACCAGACUGAGUGCAUGGACGAUGCUGCAACCUUCCGUUAAUGGAUAAUGGGGAGGACAUAUAGGAACCCACUUAGGAUCCUUCUUUUUAUUCUUUUUUUCUCUCUUCUAACAUUUAGUUUGUCUUGAGUGCUUGUAUUCAUUCCAUCCUGUGCAUGGUGGACUGGUGCUGCAUCGAUCCGUUGAUCAUUCAAUAAA